UGCGUAUGUUGUCUUGCAGACAAGUUUUUGCAAGUUGCUGUGUUAAACUGUUAAUCAAAUUGUGCUCGUACUCGAAGACUCGAUUCUUUUUAUUUUUUUAUUUAUUUAGCUUCAUUUUAAUGGGUUUACGACUGAAAUUAUACUGAAACUUUUAAUUUUAGAAUCUUUUGAGUUUUUGUGUCCCUCUAAACAUGAAUGCCACAAGUUUGUAUGUAUCAACAUGUAGACUAGUAGUUCAAGCUAAUACUGAAGAACAAUCCUCAUGGAAUGAUUUGUACAGACUUCUUCCAUAUUUGAGGCAGGCUCUCUCUUGCACAGUUUGUGACUUGCUGUUGGUUGAGCCGUAUUCACCAGAAAGUUCCUGCCAACAUCAUGUUUGUAAAUCUUGUAGAGGGAGGAAAAAAAAGUUGAAGCCUUCCUGCAGUUGGUGCAAGUGCUACAAUAGCUAUAGUGAAAAUGUUCAGCUCAGAAUACUACUCCAGUGCUACAAAAAGUUAAAUGAAUACCUAGUUGGUACCUCAAUUUUCAGAAAAUUGAAAGCAAAUGAAUCAAAUGGAGGGACUAGUGGCCUAUCAGAAAUAAUAGAAGAAGGAGCAGGUUUUAAAGAUGAAUUUAAUAGUUAUGCUGGACUUUCAAAAUCAGCAUUAAAGCAACUUCCUUGUGCUUUGGUAGUUAAUCCAACUGUUAGUGUUCAAACCCAAACAAAUAACUCAAUUUUAGUUGAAAAAAACCUUGAAACUGGGGCCAACCAAUCACUUUCUAACUCACCAUUUCAGACAACCUCUGUCGUGAAUUUAGCAGAUGCGUCUGCUUUACCAGCAAACGCAAACAAUACUUCGAAAGAUACAAAGUCUAGAAAUCCUAAGCAAAAACUGAAGAGGAAGGGAUGUCGCUGUGGAAAUGCAACCUCUUCUCCAGGAAAAUUAACCUGUUGCGGUCAAAGAUGCCCUUGCUACGUGGAAGCAAAAGCCUGCACAGAUUGUCGAUGUCGUGGAUGUAGAAAUCCUCACAUUCCAGGUGGGAAAAAGAUACGUUUUUUCCUGAGCGAUGUCGGAGAUUCCACAAGUAAUACGAGUGAAUCGUCGUUGGUGACCCAACUGAACUUACCACAAUAUGGCGUGCAAAGGACUUCCGUGUAUUCAACUAGUCCGCAAAUGUCAUUCGAAAAAGUUCCUUCAACAUUACUUGUAGAUGACGAGAAAUCUAAUAGUGGCAAAAGUGAGACAUUGGAUAUCGACGUAUGAAUACAUUUAUCUCUUCCUGCCGAA